AGGCCUCAGCAGCGCCCCCAGGCCAGGCUGCAGUGCUGCGGGGACAAGCUGAGGGCCUGAGUGGGCACUGGGGGGCGCACAAGGAGCUUUCAGCCACUUCAAUCGUGCACGGCCUUUAGAGACGAGGCAGGAAAACGGGGGACCGCCGCGGCUGAGGAAAUGCAGUGUGGACAAGCAAACACACGGUGGCAGCACUGAGCACCGGCGCCACACCGCAGCCGCUACACAACUGCAGUGCCCACGGGCAGUGCCCACGUGGGAGCCCUGGGUCUGAAAGAAGAGCUGCUGGGAGCAACCCGUCCAGUCCUGCACCACUCCAACCCCCAGCAUGGCAACACCCAUGGAAAGCUUGGUAUCCAACCGUGCCAGAUAUGUCCUAUCUUUCAGUGUCUUCCUUGCCAAUUCCACUGAGCACCAGAGCAUGGGAGAGCAGCUGCCAGCUGUGACAGCCCUGGAGAAGCAGCUGCCAGCUGCGACAGCAAGUAUUGGAGAUGGGAAGUCUACAAUCAAUAUUCUAAGUGUUGGUGGUGGAGCAGGUGAGACUGACCUGCUGAUCGUCUCAAAAGUACAAGCCAGAUAUCCAGGGGCCACCAUCCACAAUGAGGUGAUAGAGCCAAGUGGUGAGCAAAUCAUGAUGUACAAAGAGCAUGUGGGUAAGACACCAAAUCUUGAGAAUGUAAAGUUUACCUGGCAUAAGGAGACAUCUUAUGAAUUUGAAAGUUGAAUAAAUGCAGAAAAGAAGUCUAAAAAAUGGGAUUUCAUUCACAUGAUCCAGGUGCUGUAUUAUGUGAAAGACAUCCCAGCAAUUAUCCAGUGUUUCCACAGCUCCCUGGAAACACAGGAGAGGCUCCUCAUUAUUGUGGGCUCAGAAAACAGUGGCUGGAAAAGGCUGUGGAGGAAGUAUGAAACCUCCUUCCCUUUAGAAGGCCUCUGCACUUAUGUUGCCUCUGAUGACAUCAAAAAGAUACUGGAUUCAGCUGGGAUGAAGUGUCAGGUCUGGGAGCUCCCAUCUCACUUGGACAUAACAAGCUGCCUUAUUGAGGGGAAGAAGGAUGGAGACCUGUUGCUGGAUUUCCUGACAACAACUUGCAACUUCUCUAAAACAGCUCCUCCUAAACUAAAGCAGCAGGUAAUGGAAGCGUUAAGAAAGCCUGGAUGCAGUGAAGAAAGAGAUGGGAAGUGUUUUAACAACAACAUGAGUGCAAUAGUGAUUGAACCAUGA